CGCUUGCAUGUACGAGUACCCUACCAGGUUCGUACCGGUACGUGUACGAGUAAUCUUCAUCCGACAAUAUCUUUGUUUGUUACUAUCGAUCGGCUGCUCCAUUGGGUCGUCCGGAAUAAUUAAAACAUCUUUCGAAGCAAAGGAGGUUGAUGUCGAAAUUGGAAUACAAUGCUGCAGGAAACAUCAUCGUCGUGCCGCCUAUUCCAUCCAUAGAGGGAACGCGACGACCCGAAGCAUUUUUUCGAUCCUUCCCAGAAUCUGAAGCAGGACAAACGAUGCUCGGCAACGAAGAACACGGUGCUGCUCCGAAAGAGCAAGAGCAUUCCAGUAGCGAUUUUGUUUUAGACUUUGAGCUUCCAAAGAUCAACAUCUGCAUCCUGGUUGUGGGGACCCAUGGGGAUGUACUUCCAUUCUGCUCUCUUGCCAAGGAACUCCUGGACCGCGGACACAGGGUUCGUCUUGCCAGCCACGAAAUCCACCGAAAGACGGUGGUGUCCAGGAACAUCGAGUUUUUCCCGCUUGCGGGUGAUCCAAAACAAUUGAGUCAAUGGAUGUGAGUGUCUCAAUGUCAAUUUCAAUGACGAUGUCAAUACCAUUAUCGAUGGCGUUGUCGAUUCUAUUAUUGGUGUUGGUGCUGUUUGAUUCUAUACUGAGUUUCGCAUCGGAACGAAUUCAAUCCUUAGGAACGACGCACCACCCGCUCACCAUUGCCAUCGCUAAUCUGUUGUUCGCUUGGUUGCUUGUUCGAAACAUGCUCCUCCAUCUUAGGGUGAAAACCGGAGGUACAAUCCUCGGCGAGGCGUCCCACCCAGCGUUGCUCCCCGAAAAGGACAAAAUGGUGAAGAACAUCAUGAAAUCUUGCUGGCCUGCCGUCUCGCAACCUGACCCAUUUAAUCCCUACGCCUUGCCUUUUGUAGCGGACGCUGUUAUUGCGAAUCCACCGUGCAUGGGACACAUCCAUGUCUGCGAGGCCCUGGCGAUUCCCCUUCACAUUAUGUUCCCUCAACCGUGGUACUACAAAACAGACAGCUUUCCACACCCAAUGAGUGGGUUGGGCUACGAGGAGAAAUCCAAUAAAAUAAGUAGCAUUUCCACGAAUGCUGCGAGUUAUUACGCCUUUGAAGCCCUCGUCUUUACAACGCUGAGUAUGGAAAUCAACAAGUGGAGGAAGAACAUCCUUGGUUUGCCGCCAAUUCCUCUCGGACCAACCUUUGCCAACCCUGUCGCCGAUUCCCACAUCCCAUUUAGCGCCAUGUGGUCAUCAUCAUUUGUUCCAAAACCAACAGACUGGCCCGACCAAUGCCGCGUCGUAGGUACCUUCACGCAGGACCAAAAAAAGGCCAGUCUCGUCGACGAAGAGAAAUUUGCGGAUCUUAUCCGAUGGCUACAACAAGGGGAAAAGCCAGUCUUUAUUGGUUUUGGGAGCAUGGUGAUCAAGAAUACCGAGCGGCUGCAAGACAUCAUAAUGAAAGCGGCUAGGGUGACGAAGACAAGGAUUGUAGUCCAGUCGAGCUGGAGCAAAAUGGACGUCUCUGCCGAACCCCUCUGCCACAAUGUUGGGCCGGUUGCCCACGACUGGCUGCUCCCCCUGUGCUGCGCAGUGGUUCACCACGGGGGAGCCGGAACCACCGCGGCCGGCCUCCGGUACGGGCUACCAAAUUUUGUGUGCCCCUUUUUUGGUGACCAGUUCAUGUGGGGGGCAAUGGUGUACCGAGCGGGAGUUGGUCCCGAGCCCUGUCCGGUCGACACCCUGACAAGUGAUAUUCUGGCCCAAAAACUGGUAGAGCUGACCAGCGAGUCCAUCAAGCAGAAGGCUAUAGAGCUUUCUGAGAGCAUGUCAAAAGAAAACGGCGUCCACGCGGGCCUAGCACACUUUUUCGAGUCCCUCCCGAUUGACAACAUGGUAUGCGACGUGAGCCUCAUCAUGGGCGAAUCGGCGCUCGCAAAAUACUCGAUCGCCCGCAACCGCAUCCACAUUUCCCAUGAGGUAGCGAGCGGAAUCGCCACCAAGGAUGGGAGCGACAACCUCAUCCCCACCACCGACGUCGGGAUUGCUCGCCUCUGCCGCCGGGCCCUGACCUGCUGGACGUCGCCCCUGGAUCCAGAUCAAAACGAGAUAUUCCGACCCCACGGCAAAACAACCUACGCUCUAGGAGCCAACGACAGCAGUUUUUCUCGUGGUAUGUUCGGUGCUUGCUCCGAGUCGAGCCGAAUCGCCCUGCAGGGUAUCCUACAGUGCUGUCUCCGACCGGACAAGCUGGCUAGAUCAAACGGAUGCCUCGGGUGCAUCUUCGGGGUGGUGCUUUGCCCGAUAUACACCCUCCUCUAUCUGAUCCGAUCUCUGAUCGUGUGCAUCGAUCGGACGGUGCUAGCCUACGCCAACGGUUGCUUCGGGAAGCAGUGGUUGUAUUUCAUCGAUGACAGAAAGUACGCGUUUUACACGCAAACGGAUUCUGGGGAGGUCUUCUACGACCAGGAUAUGGACGAAAACCGGCGUGAAGACAUACUGAAGGCGCUGAAACUGUCUCGAUCCGCCCUCUCGGUGUUCCACGAGGCCAAACCAAGGUUCUUUCGAAAAAAGUGGCACUUUCUGGAAGUAGAAACGGAAGACCUCCUCGAUGCUCUGAAAGGCAGGGGCGGAUCCAGGCUCGGCCUCCAAAAGGCGGAACUAAAGGCCCUUCUCCUGCGGCUCGAGGCCUACACGGGCCGGGGAAAAAAAGGACAGCGCAUCAGCGCAAGCCGGUUCUGCCUCUUUCUCGGAGAUGCCGUCCGGGCGAGGUUCCAGAAUCGCAACAACAGCUGCAUCGGUAUGGAGGAAGAGAGCGGCGAAUGCGAGGGCUCAGGGAUCACACCCAAACUCUCGGAGAGGCUGAAGGCUUCCUUCCAUAGAUCAAUGCGGGAACAGUUCGACAUCGAGAUGGGGGAACCCCUAUCGACCGUCGGCGCAGAAUUGUGUUACGAGGAAUCCCAGUGCUUGACCGUGACCGUUGCAAUAGACAUCAACGAAGAGAGCCACGAGGCAAGCGCCUGAUGUCGAUAAAGAAGAAUCGAAUCCAAUCGAUUUGCUCCGAGAUUAAAAUAUUCUGGUCUAA